AUGAACCUGACAGAGUUUAACCAGUCGGAUAGAUGUGAGAAUUUCUCUUGUCCAGAGAGAUCUGUAUCUCCUGCACUUUAUUUCAUACUGUAUGUGUGUUCAGCUGCUGUUGUCCUUCUAACAGUGUGUGGAAAUCUUCUCGUCAUCAUCUCUGUUUUUCACUUCAAGCAGCUUCACACACCGACUAACAUGCUCAUGCUCUCUCUGGCUGCGUCGGAUUUCCUUGGUGGUGCUUUUGUAAUGCCACCAAUGUUAAUCUGGUCAAUUGAGUCAUGCUGGAUUUUGGGGGGAGAUUUUUGCUUUGUUUUUCUGUUAAUUAGCCGGUUCCUUGCAAUCUUCUCUGUUUAUAACAUUGCUCUGAUUGCUGUUGAUCGUUUUUUGGCUCUAUCAAAACCAUUUCUUUACACAAAUGCAAUUUCUGUGAAAAACAUGUGCACUGUUGUUUAUUCUAACUGGUUUGUGUGUAUGGUGUAUAUGGUAGUAUUUUAUUAUUACAGUGGAACAUUUACCUGUUAUGCAAUGUGUCCUGGAGAGUGUUUUCUCUUUUUGAAUAGGUUUUGGGCUGUAGUUGAUCUUGUAAUAACGUUUAUAUUUCCAGUUUUUGUCAUAAUCAUAUUGUAUUUGCAGGUUUUUAUGAUUGCUAAGAAACAUGCCACUGCUAUCAGAGAGCUUAAAAAUCAUACAAGGCCUAAAAUCACUUUACAUUCGAUGAAAUCUGAGAGAAAAGCAGCUAAAGUUCUAGGCAUUUUAGUGUCUGUGUUCCUGGUGUGUUUAUUUCCAUUUUUUAUUUAUAGUUUAUUAGGUGAUCUCAUUGAAAUACAGGAAAAAACUCUUCAUGAGCUUAUAUUUAUGGCUUUUCUUAAUUCCACAAUUAAUCCAUUUAUUUAUGCUUUGUUCUACCCAUGGUUUAGAAGGUGCAUUAAAUUAAUUAUAACUUUGCAAAUAUUCCAAACAAACUCUGCGUUAAUUAAUGUUUUUUCAUGA